AUGAGUUCGAUACAAGAAGUUUUUCGAUGUAAUCGUCCUGAUCCAACUGUUUUUGAGGGAGAGAGGAUAUCCGUCUCUCUCGAAAUUAUACUACAUGUUCCGGUGGUUGUACCUUCUGUAGCGUAUUACACUAGACCAAGGAAAUUGGAAAGUAACAAGAAGUUAGAAAAAGCUUGUGUUUGUGCAUGUACUAUGGUGUAUAAUGUUGGUAAGUUCUUAAAAGAAUGGGUAUUGUAUCAUUCAAAAAUUGGUGUUGAAAAAUUCGUAUUAUAUGACAAUGCUAGUGACGAUGAUUUAAACAAUGUUGUCGAUGAACUUGUUCGAGAUGGCUAUGAUGUUAAAACUUAUUCUUGGGUAUGGCCUCAAACUCAAGAAGCUGGUUUUUCUCAUAGUGCAAUUUAUGCUAAGGAUUCUUGUUCUUGGAUGAUGUACAUUGAUGUGGAUGAAUUUGUGUAUUCACCUUUAUGGUCUAAAUUAUCGCGUCCAUCGAAAUCUCUAUUACCUUCUAUGUUACCAAAUCCCAAGAAUGUACAAGAUUCGUCACUUGAUAAGAGACAUAUCGGAGAAAUUACCAUCUCAUGUUAUGAAUUUGGACCAUCAAACAAGAAGUCUCAUCCUAUAACGGGAGUGACACAGGGAUACAACUGCAGAAGAAAGGUAGAGAACAGACACAAGUCUAUAGUAUUAUUGGAUGCUGUUGAUCACUCUUUGCGCAAUGUUAUUCAUCAUUUCAUACUGAAACAAGGGUACAAGAUAAAGAAAGUGAAUGUUCGUGACAUGGUAUUGAAUCACUACAAGUUCCAAGUUUGGUCUGAAUUUAAGGCUAAAUUUAGGAGAAGGGUAUCGGCUUAUGUUGUUGAUUGGACUAAAGAAUUGAACCCACGUUCAAAUGAUCGAACCCCAGGACUAGGAUUUAGUGCGGUUGAGCCUAAAGAUUGGCCAUUGAAGUUUUGCGAGGUAUAUGAUAAUGGUUUAAAAGAUUUGACACGGAGAUGGUUCGGACUAAAGUCUCCAAAUCGGAUACAUUAUCGUAUGGUAUGGCAAAAAUGA